AUGAGGAGUUUGGCUACCAAAAUGCCAACUACGUUGGGGAUGAAGAGUAUGGUUAUGGGAAUAGAAGGAACGACGGUUACGAGAAUAACCGCCAACCACGAAACAACAACCAACGGAAUCGAAAUGAAGGGUGGAAAUCAAAGAGGUACUCAAGGUGGGAAUCAAGUAAGGGGCGAGAGAAGAGAUGAGCGACGAGAUGAAAGAAGGAAUGAGAGAAGGGACGAAAGAAGAGAUAACUGGAGAAAUGAUGAUCAAGAAGUUAACGGUCCUUAUCGUCGUCAACAACCUCCACGGGGAGUGAAUGACCGUUUUAGGCCUAUUGUUACCGAAAACGAUUCGCCAAUCGUUUGUGAGCGAAGGAUGUUUGAUUGUAAACCUCAUUACAUCAACAUACUUCCCCACUUCAAUGGGAGAUCCAACGAUGAACCGUACACACAUUUGGCGGAAUUUUCCUCUAUUUGUAGCACUAUUGGGGGGCAUAACUUCGCACUAGAGGAGGUCAAACUUCGCUUGUUCCAAUUUUCAUUGAAAGACAAAGCGAAGCAAUGGUUCCUUACACUUCCGGCCAAUAGCAUUCGCACAUGGGGAGAAAUGCAACAAGCUUUUCUGGAUGAGUAUUAUUCAAUGGCAAAGACCGACGAUGCUCGUGAUGAAAUUAGGUCUUUUCGCCAAUUGUCGGGCGAACCGUUGCAUGAAGCCUUCACAAGAUUUAGGGAGUUGAUGCGAAAGUGCCCACGUCAUCAAAUAGAAAAGUGGGAAUUGGUCAAAUGCUUUGUACGGGGUUUGGACGACAACACAUGGAACCGACUUGAAUCAACGAGCAAUGGGACCCUUCUAAGCAACCAUGAAGAUGAUGAUUGGGAGUUUUUGGAGCGGAUGAGCAAACGAUCAAAGGAAAAGGAAUCGGCCGACCGAGCCAAAAAGCACCCUACCUCAAGGUCAUGGCCCGAUCGUGAUGCAAGUUCUAAGGAUCGGAUUGAUACGUUGGAGCGGGAAUUGGCCCGCAUGAAGAAGAAGGAAGUGGGUGCGGUACAAUAUAGCGUAUGUGAAGAAUGUGGUGACAUCGGUCACCGGACCGAGAAUUGUCAAGCCACCGUGGAGGUGAAUCAAGUGUAUGGGGACCGAAGGCAAUAUGAUAUGAACUCUAACACUUACCAUCCCGGGUUGAGGAACCAUCCUAACUUUAGGUAUGGUAAUGCCUCUAACCAAAUGAAUCCGAAUUUCCAAUCUGGAAAUCAAGGCGGGUAUUCGCACCAAACUCGCCAAAGAGGUUACAACCAAGAUGGUCACGGGUUGACGAAUAAUCAAGGAGGUGGUGGUGAUUUGAAUGCAAAGAUGGAUGCAAUGCUUUCAAUGAUGCAAGAGUCCAAGAAAGAGAAUGAAAUUCAGGACAAAUUGCAUGAAGCAUUAGCAAAACAAGUGGGCCAACUUGCGGAGGAAAUGGCACAACUGAGGGGGAGCGUGGGAAAGCUCCCAAGUGACACCACGGUGAACCCUAAGCAUCAAAGUUCAAGCACGGGCAAUGUGAGGAAUGUGCACAUUAGUGCGGUAAGUCUUCUUUCAAAUGAUGAGGUUUGUAGUAGUGUUGAAAGCAUUCCACCACAAUGCGUUGAUGGUGUAGUGGGAAAUACAAGAGAUGAGUUGGAAAUUGAGGAAUGGUACCCACCGAAGGAUGAGAGGUGGGAAAAUUUUAAACAAGCAAAAAUUAAUUUACCGUUACUCGAUGACAUUAAAAAGGUUCCGGCUCAUGUGGAAUGCUUAAAGGAGUUAAGCAUCGAAAAACGGCACAACAAAUUACCCGAACCGGUUGAUUUGAUAUCACAUGUUAGUGCCGUUCUAUCGAGUGCCCUUCCUCAAAAAGCUCAAGAUUCGGGAGAUCCUCUUAUUCCAAUUCAAAUUGGAACCUUCAAAAUUGAGAGGGCGCUCCUCGAUCUUGGAGCUUGUGUGAGCAUUUUACCCGGGAGUUUGUAUGACCAAUACGAUUUUGGUCCAUUAAAAAAUUUUGAUACUCCCGUGGUAUUGGCCGAUCAGACUCCCACGCAUCCAAGGGGGAUGGUGGAGGAUGUGAUUGUUAAGGUGGAUGAUUGCUACUACCCAGUUGACUUUUUGGUAGUAGACUAUGUUGGGUGUGUUGAGGAUACCCAACCGGUAGUUAUCUUGGGUAGACCGUUCUUGGCAACUGCUAAUGCCAUAUUAAAUUGUGAAACGGGAACGGUAAGCAUGAAGUUUGGGGACCGGGAAUUAAAUUUAAAUGUUUUUCCAAAUUUCACUAACCCGCUCGGUGAGGAUAAGUGUCCUAAAAAGGACAUGAAUCCAAACAAAAAGGUGUGUGCUAUGGUUGGUAGGUUUGGAGAACCAAAGAAGAAACCGGUCAAGAAGAAGAAGGCGAAGAAGUCGCCUCAAGAAAAGAAGAAGGAAGAGGAAGUGAGGAAGUUUGGACCGUUUGGCAACAAAUGGUACGAAUCACCGGUGGGUGAUUUUGAGGAGCUCGUGGACGGCAAGCAUGCCAUUCGACCACCAUGA